AUGGCUGUCUCACCACUUACCCUGCGCAUCGCCAUGUUGAAUGCCGAUGCACCAGUGCCCAGUGUGAUAAAACAACGGGCACCCUCAUACGGCCAUAUCUUCCAUGAACUUCUAUCUCAGUCGGCGACUCGUGUAGCCCCUGGGUUAUCUGUCGAGGCAGACUACUUUGACGUUUAUCAUGGCAUAUACCCAGAAUCACUCACCUAUUUCGACGCAAUUGUCAUUUCCGGUUCCAGCGCCAGCUCCUACGAAGACAAAGACUGGAUUAAACAACUCGACGCUUAUAUCGCCAAAGUUUACGUUGAACAACCUCGUGUCAAGAUUUUCGGCAGCUGCUUCGGCCACCAAAUCAUCUGUCAAAGCUUACUCCGUGAAUACGGGGUCUACGUGGAAAAAGACCCGAAGGGUAUGGAAAUGGGUGUCCAUACAGUUCAACUCGAGCAAGACUUCCUGAAAGCAGUAGGAAGUCGUUCGUCCGUCAUUGAUAACUGCAAACUCCGACUACAAUUUAUUCACGGCGAUCAUGUCAAAAUACCAGAAGGCCAUUCUCUCCCUCAAAGCUGGCUUUCCAUGGGCCAGACUAAACACUGCGCAUUUCAAGGAGCAUAUGAGCCGAAUCACGUGCUCACAUAUCAAGGUCAUUUCGAAUUCGACAGAUUCAUAAACAUCGAGACUUGCAAGGCCUUUUCGAAAGCCUGUAGUUGGGGUCCCCAGUUUAUCGAUGCAUCAGUUGAGGCUAUGGAUAAGGAUGAUGACUCCAAAAUUGCGGCUGACAUGGUGAUGAGAUUCUUUCUUGAGGGUCGACAUGCCGUGCCGGGGAUUGGAGGGUUGAUGAGUCCCCCAUUAGAGGAUUGA